UGAGGGCGGGGGCGGGCGGGCGCCUCCCGGGGCCGCUACUCUGGGGCUGCACAACCGCCAAUGGGAUGGCGGUUGUGCUUGUGGUUCCACUCCGUGGCUGUGGGCAGGAGGAUGGACUGAGGCAAGUUCUGGAGGAGAUGAAAGCCUUAGAUGAGCAAAACCUACCUGAUGUGAAUAACACAAAGUCAGGAGGACGAGGUGAUUUGGUCCCAGCCAUUGAGUUUCGACACUGUCCUUUACUAAGAAGUCAGCGCUGCGCCGGAGCCUGCCUUACAACAGUGGACGUCAGGGCAGUGCUUUCCUGGGUCCUGAGAGUCGUUCUGGUGGACUGGUUCAAUGGUUACAAAAUGUCCCUUGCUACCUACAUGAGGUCAUUGGCAGGAGACCAAGGUUUGGACAUCACACAGGAUGUGAAACCUCCAAAAAGCCUAUAUAUAGAACACUUUUUACCUCGGUGGAAGUACGAGCAGCUGAUUAGACAAGGCGUUCUGGAGCGUGUGCUGUCAUGACCCCUGGCCAGAUGGCUGCUAAGACUCCCUCCUGGUGUGAGACUGCACCAACCAAGGUCACUUCUCCACCUCCCUCUCUACCUCCCCAAGGCCCACUGCUUUUUGGUUCUCAAAUGGAAACUGUCUUUAUGCAGGAAUGCUUUGCAGAAGAGUAUGGUUAGAUUGUUUUCUUUUUUUUUCUUUUCAUUUGGAUGUUAAUUUCUCUCUUUUUCAUUUCUGAAUAUAAUCCCAUUACCUUCCAUGGUAAACAUAUUUGUGAAUCUGUGUUGUAUGUUUGUACUUUGAAGUAUUGGUUCUCAAAAGAGAGUUGCACUCUGGCCAUGCAGAGAAUCCACACACAUCCACCCUGCUGUCCACAGCUCUACAGCAGAGUCCAUGGUCAGGGUUUUAGCAGAUGCUGAGCUUAAAGAGAAUGCUUCCCGGCGCGUAAACUGCCAUUUCUCAUUCUGUCCUCACAGCGUGCAGGAGGUUUGAGUUUCUAUCGUACAGGAUUCUCGCCUUUGUGUAGUAAGCUGUCUCUGUAAUCACAACGUCCUACAAUUCCCCAAAUGCUCCCCUGUGUUUCAGUUUCAUGCCAGUAAACACAAGUUAGCUGUUCGUCUCUUUUAAACACUGAGGGAGAGCUUCAGCUGGUGUGAAGGGAGGCCUCGUGUCCCUCUGCCUCUUGGAUUGUUGCUGGAAGUGUGCUGUGCAGGCCAGGGAGCUGCGUUUCCGAAGUUUGUUUCCAAAUCCCAUGGGCAGGUGGAGCUGGCGGUCUCUAAAGGACACAAUGAAUUUUGCCCAUUUCCAGUGGUGGCUGGUCUGGCUCGUGCCUGUGUGCAAGCUUGUGUUGCAGGAUGUCCAUUUUGGAAAAGGAAAUUGAGAUUGGGGCUAGGAAAGGAAUUUUGUGCAAUUUCGCCCCAAGAGUCACAUUGACCAGAAAGACACAGGAAGAGCUGAUCAGCUAAGUGGAGGGCAAUUUCUACUGUCCAUUGAAAUGAUAGGCAUCAGAGAGGCACAAGGGGGUCCUACCUGCUGGUCAAUACCCUUUCUCCACCAGUCCCCUCUAUGACCAGCCCAGUAAUCUGAGACAUUCAAGUUUAAAACCCAGAUAAACCCAGUACCUGGCGCUCUCUGUACAAUUUAUUUCUUAGACGGGCCAAAAUUAUACUCAAGUAGUCAAGCUACGGAGAGCCUCUGCCUAGGGUGUGGAUCUGCAUAUUUUCACAACACAUGUAUUAAAACUUAGGUCAGCAGGCAGCCCUUGGCAGAUUCUUUUCCAAGCUAUGCGGCUCACAGGAUCUGGUUCCCGAUUGGGGAUUGAACCUGCACCCUGGGCAUUGAAAGCACAGAGCCCUAACCAUGUACCUCUAGGGAAUCCCCUCAUCUUAAAAAUACUUCUUCCCAUAGAUUCAUAGCCAGAUCAGAUUUUCAUCUGAAUCUCUGCCAGGAAACCAUAAGGAAAAUUUCUCUAGUGCAUUGGAUAGAUGAUGUUUUAACUGUAGGCCAGUGGUCACUUCCCUUGCAUUCUGCUCUUCCAAGCAUGUGGAACCAUGUGCAGGGGAGCCCAGAGUGCAUGUGAGUCAGCUGUGAGGAGGAACCUGCGGUAAAGGCCAAUGCCCUGUUGCCAGCCCAGCAUCAUUCCUGUAUAUAAACCGUAUGAUAUACUUUUCUGAUUCAUUCCCGAAAUAAAAUAAUAAGUAUAGUUCUUAUUUGAAGUAAAUGUAUACUGGUUGAAAAGUUAAAAUUUUGUAGGUUUUAUUGAUUUAUGUUGGUUGGUUCUAUAGAGUUGUGUCUAGAAUUUUAAAAUAUGUAUUUUUUUUAUUUAAAGGUAAUGCACAAUUAAAAAGCUAAAAGAAAACAUACAAUGUAGAAAAUCAAAGUAAGUUCCCAUUUUACCUACUAAAUGCCACCGUCCAGUGUGCCCAUUGUUAACUGAUUACGGAUAUAAAAUGCAAUCCCAUUUCAGGUGUUUUUCCAAUGAAAUACUUUUCAGUUUUUGUUCCUGAUGUGAAUGGAAUCUUCUUUUCUGUUACAUUUUCUAACUGGUUUUGGCUGAUAAAUAUUAAAAAGCAGUAAAUGA